UCAACUGGAGGCACUGCCAGCAUGUUCUUACACUAAGUAUUGCAUUCGUGAGCCUUGACCAUGAAGAAUGUGGGCCGCAAGAGUUCAGUGGCCUUUGAUUAUGCGCCGAAGAAGGAGCCCGCAGAAAAAGGAGGAGUGGGCAAGAGGCGGGUUAUCAAUCGAGCCAGCAAAACCAGUCUGGUCUUCGAUCCCGAGAAACGCAAGGAGUUCUUGACGGGAUUCCGGAAACGCAAAGAUGAACGCCGAAAGAAGGCCAAAGAACAGAGGGAGCUCGAGCUCAAAGAGGAAAUGAAAAAGGCCAAGGAAAAGGCCCGGGCCAAUAUUAACGAGGCCAAAUCAGAGGAGUUCAACAAGAAAGUCAAAGACGAUAUCCAACGGUUUUUGCCUUCAGAAGUCACGGAUUUUGGCACUCACACCGUCUCCGUGACUCACGUGGACAGCUUAGUCGACGUCAGAGAGAACAAAAUCUCGGCCCAAGGCGAAGAUCAAGAGGAAAGUGAAGAGCCCGGAGACGUUCACCAGGUCAAAACGAAGAAGGAGAAGAAAGCGAUUGGUCGAAUGUUCUUGAAGCAAGUCCAAGAAUCCAAGGCCUUCAAGGCCGCUCAACGGCAACAGAGCAAAAAGGAGUCCAAGGCCAAUAAGUUCAGUCGGAAAAAGUUUGGCAAUUCCAAGCGAGAACGACAUUACCACCCUAAAAAGGAGGCCGCUGGAAAGGGCAAAAAAUAAGAUGGAUAAAUGUGCCAAUUCUCGCGGUUUUAGUGUGCAUUCAGUCAGUCCAUGAAAUAUCAGUUUUCCGCAUUCCUUUAGGCA